AUGGCCGUCUGGCAAUGGUUCAAGAGCAUGCAGCCCAAGACGCGCAUGUUUAUUGGUGUGGGCGUCAUGGCGUAUGCAGGUGCUGGUCUCUACCUAUCCGACGUGGCUGAAGAGAAGCUCGGGUUCACCCCAACAGAAAAAGACAAGGAGGAGCUGCGCGACGCCCUGCCCAAGAUUGCGGCUGUGGAAAAGCGGAAUCCGUGA